GUGCACAAAGUUGGUGCUUCACCGGAGUAAUUCUACUUUGACUCUCCGCGCAACUGUGCUCGUGUGCUCGCACCAGUCAGUUCUGUUUUCGAUAGUACGCCGUAACGACGCGAGUAUCCAGAUCCACAAAUGAGCUACCAGGGUUCAGGUAAAACUCCUUACCAAGGAGGCGGCAGGGUUUUCGGCGAGUUCCGAUGCACCAAAUGCAGCCGCAAGUGGAUGUCGGGCAACAGUUGGGCAAACAUGGGCCAAGAGUGUCAGUCGUGCAAGGUCAACGUUUACCCUUACAAACAGACGCCACUGGAGAAAACAACGAGCGACCAGGACAAAUGCGAUCUGCAGAAGGCGCAUCUCUCUAGCUUGUGCGAGAAGUGCAAGAUUUUGGGAUACAACUGCCGCUCCAACUACCAAUGAAAAAUUGUCAUGUUGCAAUUCCAAAUAUACAUAAUCUGUUUCCUUGGGUAAGAGGUGGAAAUAAAAAUGCCUGAAAAAUUUA